UGGGCAGAGAGGACGGGGGGUGGGCGGGACGCUUGCCGCGCCGCGUCCGCGUCGCUAUAAAGUUCGGUGCAGGAGGUGUUGUGCGUCGGCUGGUGCGGAGCGGAGCGAAGGGGGUAACGAGCAGGCUGGGUGGUUGGGGGCCGCCGCGCUGCCGGGAUGGGUAACACCGUCGCCAGAGAGGAUUUCGAGUGGGUCUACACGGACCAGCCUCACGCCGACCGCCGCAAGGAGAUCUUGGCGAAGCAUCCAGAGAUAAAAGCCUUGAUGAAGCCAGACUACAACUUGAUCUGGGUGGUUGUGCUGAUGGUUCUUGCACAGUUGACUGCCUUCUAUCUGGUUAAAGACUUGGACUGGAAAUGGGUCAUCUUCUGGGCUUAUGUUUUUGGGAGUUGUAUUAGCCACUCCAUGACUCUGGCUAUUCACGAGAUCUCUCACAAUAGUGCCUUUGGCAACAGCAAAGCCAUGUGGAAUCGGUGGUUUGGAAUAUUUGCCAACCUUCCUCUUGGUCUCCCAUACUCCAUAUCCUUCAAGAGAUACCACAUGGAUCACCAUCGUUACUUAGGAGGUGAUGGAAUUGAUGUGGACAUUCCGACCAACUUUGAAGGCUGGUUUUUCUGCACUCGUUUUAGGAAGUUCAUAUGGAUUGUUCUUCAGCCCCUUUUCUAUGCGAUUAGACCUCUCUGCAUCAAUCCCAAACCCAUUACUCGACUUGAAAUAAUCAAUUUGUUGGCUCAGCUUUCCUUUGAUGUGGUGAUAUAUUAUUUAUGGGGAGUCAAAUCCAUCUUUUACAUGCUUGCUGGUUCCAUACUUGGACUUGGGUUGCACCCAAUUUCAGGACACUUCAUAGCUGAACAUUACAUGUUUUUAAAAGGACAUGAGACUUAUUCCUACUAUGGGCCACUUAAUUUGCUCACUUUUAAUGUUGGUUAUCACAAUGAACAUCAUGACUUCCCCAAUAUUCCUGGCAAGAGCCUUCCACUGGUGAAGAAAAUAGCAGCUGAAUACUAUGACAACCUGCCACAAUAUAACUCUUGGAUAAAAGUACUGUAUGACUUCGUGAUGGAUGACACAAUCAGCCCAUAUUCACGCAUGAAAAGGCAAUUAAAGGGUGAAGUGAAGCAAGAUUAAACUUCUGGCAACCAAAAAACUUUGAAAUGUCUGCUUGCUUUAAAGUGGCUGGUAUAAGGUCUCCUGCUAAAUGUUUUCCCUGGUGUCCUGAAAUAAGAUCUACUGCAACAUAGCAAUGCAUCCUUAAGGAUUUUGUAGCAGACUCCUACCAGCUAUAACAUUCCUCACAGUCCUCAGAUUCAUCGGUUUAAUGUGUACGUGUUUGCCUAAGGAUCAGUGUUAUAUGCAUAAUGCUAAAUCACUUUGUUACAGAAUUUACUUUGGCAAGUGUUAAAUCUAUAUAAAAUAUCUGACAUUUAAUGUUUUAAAAGUUCUCAAUGUGCAGUAUACUUCCCACAACAUGCUGUUUAGAUGACUGUAGUGUUAAAAUGCUGUACUUACCUGUUAAUUCUAAACUAAUGUGAUCUGUUAACUUAAACCUUCUGUUGAAACCAUUUCCUAAUGUAUGGGUGGAAGAAUGAAAUUUGCACAGAAAUGUUAAGUCUGCUUUUGUUUAAAUAUGUAACAUGUCAUUUGAAGCAUUGCUUUAAAGUUGUAUAUUUUCUACUGAAAGUACCUUAAAGGAGCAAUCUGUCAGAAUGAAACUGGUGUCUUUGAGAUGGCUGGUGUGACAUCCUUGUAGAAAAGGUGGGGAAUUCAAGGGUUUGCCAACUUUGUGGGUCCCCACCUACUGCUGUUUGUGUUAGCAUAUAGCUUGAGCAGCUCACAUUUAGAAUCGUAAUUGUGUAAGCCAUUAGGUAACCCAAUGUAUUAAUGGAUUAGUUUUUUUUUUGCACAGGGAAAAUCUCUUUACAGUUUGGUGGUUUUCUGAUCUGCAAAGAAAAAUGAUUAGGCUUGUCCUAAUUGGUUCUGCUGUUACUAUGGUUUUAAAUGCUUGAUCUAUAAACAUUUAGACUCAUUUUGAAAUUUGGCUUGUAUGGAAAACUAAAUCAACUGAAGCAGGUACUGUUCUGGCAGACAAGGCUGCAGCCACUUGACAGCUUUACCUAUUAAGUGUAUUUGUCAUUUGUGUACACAGAAAAGCGUUGCUAAUUUUUUUCUGAACCACCACUACCCUACAUAAGCACUUGUCUGUCUUGUUUAUUAAAAUGUGGUGAGGGCACUGGCAGUGAUACCAAAUUUCCUGCCUAAGAAGUUUUUUAAAUUGGGGACAGAGAAUGGAUGGACUUGCUGAACACUGAAGAAUCUCUACAUACCUUGGGGCUAUCAGUGUAUUUGCCUUCUGUCUUCUAAUGCAUGAUGGCUUUAAGCUGUCAAAGAUAGCAAUGAAUCACCCUUAAAUCUCAAAUGGUGAUCCUAUGGUAUGUUCUGAUCUGGAGAGUGGGAUCUGAUGAAGGUGGAGGUCUUAGCUGCUGUCCACACUGGUCUGCUGUAAGUAACUUAAUUUUUAGAUGCCUUCAACUCUCUUUUUUUAAGAAGCUGAGUGCCUGACAAUGCAUUGGUACUUCUUAACCCUUGCUUGAUUGUGGUCCUAAUUUUAAUAUGCUUUAAGUGUGGGCCCUCACCUGUGGUUAAGCAAUAGAAAAGAUAUGAAAGUAUGCCAACAACUUAUUACUGACUUUAUGAUGAUGCUGAUAACAUGCUAGCUGGCCAGCUUAUUGCUCAGGGUAGAGUGUAAUAUCCAAAUAUACUUUGUCCAGUAUUUUUACAUGUAAUUAAAAAGCAAAGAUUAAAGUAAUAUUGGGUCAA